UUUAUCAGUCAAUUCACGCUGUUCAAGUCGCGCCUCAAGUCGCGGAAAAAUUAUAUAUCUCGAAUUCUAACACCCGAUCUUAAGUGUUGCUUAUACCUUUGGGAAAGGAAAAUGUUGCGUCUAUUGCAAAAGCAUUGGCCUUGGCCAAGAAACUUUUAAAAUUAUGCCUUAAGUCUGGAAACGAAAGUAAACGCGAAUUAAUAGUGAUCCAAUUCCGCAUUGGAUCACACACAAUUCUGGGUGCAAAUCAUUCUCAGCUAGGACUCAAGUAUCAUAAACACUCUCCUCUUUUUGAUUGCAGCUGAGAGCUGAAUCGAACCCAAAAGAGCAUCGAAACUCAAUAUCAGCCAGUGUCAGAUAUUAAGAAACAGGUCUAUAAAUUUCUGUUGUUGAUAUUGGAAAGUUUUCGGUUGGUUUGUGUGCACCAUACGUAAGUGCAGCCAGACGAUUGGGUUGUUGGAUUUGUGCGCAUAUUUGCGCAUUUUAAUUACAAACUACAGCAACAACGGCGAGAAGAGCCACUGCAACAGCAACAACUUCAACUGCAAUUGGAACGAGAAGCCAGCAAGGUCUGUUCGUCGCUUUCGUGGUCGUCAUGGAGAAUCUGGGCUACAAGGAGGGCAGCACGAAGCCGCGUCGUAUGACACGUUCCAUCAGCGUCGUUACCAAGACCGAAGUGGAGCAGCCGCUCAAUGAAAAUAAUGCGAAUAACCGUUUCAAAUCGAUUCCACCCAAUCUAAUGGUGCGAUGGCGCAACAACACUGACGCCAUGAUCGAAGCUCAGUAUCCGACAACUGGUGAAUUUGAAUACAUGGAGUGUGGACCAUCGCCGCCGGCGGAGAGUGCGCCGAGCAUGUACGAUAGCUUUGAAGAGCCAACUAGCGAGCUGAGCGUGCAGAUCUGCAAUGAUACGCUGAGGAUUAGUCUCAUUGACCAGAUGAAGAGUGCAGGUGGGCGGGUGCGUCUGUUUGAGGACAUCGAGCAGGGCAAUGUGGUAGCCGAGAGUCUUGGCGCACAUUUCGAGUCGGGUUCAAAGCUCGAGAAGAAUCUCUGCUACUUGUGGGCGGCCUUUCUCAAACGCUGGGACCUACUCGAGGCCCUGCUAAAAACGGGCGCUGACCUGCAUUUUUGCGACCAGAACGGAAUUUCAGCAUUGCAUUUGAGCGCAUUCAGCGGAUGUUUGGCAACGCUCGACCUGCUAGUGACCAAGGGCAUCAAUGUCAAUUUGCAGCCGAAGUGCUACACUCCACUGCACUGCGCUGCGUUUGGUAAUGCCGCUGAGGCAGCCAAGUUCCUUAUCAACAGUGGAGCCCUCAUCACCAAAGAUACAAACAAGCCCAACUGCGAAGAGAGUCUGCUCCACUGCGCUGUUCGCUCCAACGCGCUGGAGUGCUUGCAGCUAUUCAUUGGCGAAGGAGCCGAUGUCAAUUCGCUGAAGCCCAACGGCACGAACGCCAUACACCUGGCCGCAGAUCUGGGCCACCUACAGUGCUUGGAGGCGCUGUUGAAUGCACCAAAUGCCGACGCCAAUGUCCGUAUCUGCAUUCGCGAAAAGGAGUCUACGGCACUGCAUCUGGCUGCCGAUGAGGGCAAUGUGGAAUGCGUCGAUCUGUUGCUCUCGAAGGGUGCAGAUGCCAAGCUAAAAAAUCAUCGAGGCUUCACUCCACUCCAUCUGGCAGCGCGCACUUCUAGCUUGGAGUGUGUGGAGUCGCUGCUACGUAAUGGCAAUGCGGACGCAAACGCUGAGGACUUUGAUCAUCGGACACCGCUGCAUGCGGCCGUCGGCAAGUCUGAGAAUGCCUACGAUAUCAUGGAGACGCUCAUCCAGUGGGGCGCCAAUGUUAACCAUAAGGACAUCUAUGGCUUCACCGCUCUCCACUUGGCCGCUCUUGACGGACUCGUGCAGUGCGUUGAGAUGCUCAUUUACCAUGGCGCCGAUGUUACAACGAAAUCUAAGAAAGGCACAUCCGCUUUAAACGUCAUCACACGAAAGACACCUGCAUCGGUGGCCAUGAUACGUCAAAAACUGGAUGCAGCUAUUACCUUGCAUCAUUCGCAGGAUCCUGUGAAUCGGGAGGUGGAACUCGAGUUGGACUUUCGCCAGCUCUUGCAGCAUUGCCAUCCACGUGAGAUUAGCUAUUUGAACACAUUCGUGGAUGAGGGACAAAAGGAGAUACUGGAGCAUCCGCUAUGCUCAUCCUUUCUUUACAUCAAGUGGGGCAAAAUACGAAAGUACUACAUCGGUCGCCUGAUCUUCUGCUUUAGCUUUGUGCUUUUCCUGACUCUCUAUGUGCUGACUGCACUGGCGCACAACUGUUACAAUGGCAGCAAGGACGACAACACGACAAUACAGGCGCAGGAGCUGUGCCAGAAGCAAUCCAUACUGGGCGAUAUGCUGCGUAAUAAUCCGUUUGUCAUGGAAAUGCAAUGGUGGGUCCUCGUGGCGAUAACAAUAGUCGAGAUAUUUCGAAAGCUCUACGGGAUUACAGGCUACUCCUCGUUUCGACACUAUGUGACGCAAGUGGAGAACAUUAUGGAGUGGUUUGUCAUAACUAGCGUCUUUGUCAUCUCGUACAUUUACACAAAGCAAACAUACACGUUCCAGAACCACAUUGGCGCAUUUGCCGUACUGCUCGGCUGGACCAAUUUAAUGCUGAUGAUUGGCCAGUUGCCUGUCUUCGAUGUCUACGUGGCCAUGUAUACGCGGGUGCAGGGCGAGUUUGCCAAGCUAUUCAUGGCCUAUUCGUGUAUGCUAAUUGGCUUUACAAUUAGUUUUUGCGUUAUCUUCCCAUCAUCGUCGUCAUUUGCCAACCCAUUUAUGGGAUUUAUAACAGUGCUGGUGAUGAUGAUCGGGGAGCAAGAUCUGUCGCUUUUAAUUAACGACCCGGAUGGCAAGGAUCCGCCUUUUCUGCUGGAGGUCAGCGCUCAGAUUACGUUUGUGCUCUUUCUCUUGUUUGUGACGAUCAUCCUGAUGAAUUUGCUGGUGGGCAUUGCGGUGCACGAUAUACAAGGUCUGAAGAAGACCGCCGGGCUAUCGAAACUAGUGCGACAAACGAAGCUUAUUAGCUAUAUUGAGUCAGCAUUGUUUAAUGGCUAUUUGCCGACAUGGCUGCGAAAUCUGCUCCAUUAUACGGCACUCGUCUCACCGCAGGCAUAUCGCGUCGUUCUGUGCGUGAAGCCUUUGAAUCCCAGCGAAAAGCGGUUACCACGCGACAUACUUAUGAAGGCCUACGAGGUGGGAAAAAUGCGAAAGCACUUUGGCCACACAAUCUCCUCCAAAAAUCCGGGCGAAAAUUAUCUAUCUUACAAAAACAAGUACAACAAUAACAACGGCUGUGUGAACACAGCAUAUACGUUGCCCGAUCCUGAUCCAGAAUCCACACAACUAACUACAUUGACAAGUAAAAUCGACGAUAAUGCAGAUCGCAUUGAGUUUCUCACGCAGGAGAUUCAAGAAUUGAAACAGGUGCUCAUAUCACAGCAGCAGCAGGCCAGCAAAGUGAUUGAUAAGCUGCUCAUCGUCAUCUCCAACCAACAGAAACACCAGCUACGUAAAUAGCUGCUGCACGAUGCCAUUUAAUAUUAUUGUUAUUAUUAUUAUAAUUAUUAUUAUCUUUUAUAUUCAUCCGAAUCAUAAAUUCUUAGCCCUUAGACACUUCUGGAGUGUGUAAACCAAUGCACCCAAGAGCCCGAAAAUUGUUGAUAUUAUAUUGUAGUGAGCAUGUUUAAUAUUGCAGCGGCUAACGCUCUACCUAAUAAUGCUGUUUAGCUAUAUACUAUACUUUAUAUUUUACCUACAAUAUAUAUACAGAUAUUUUAAUAAAACUAGUUGAUAGGUCUUAGAGGUGAGAAGCUGGCAGGUUUGUUUUUGUCUGUGUCUGGUUUUAGGCUGUGUCUUUGUUGUUUG